GGGAAGCCAUUGGAAAGGGUAAAAUAAUGAGACAAGUUUCACUGUAUUGUCUUUAUCUCUCAAUCAAACUGUGUCUCUCCCAUUCCCCUCGUAUUAAUCUGGUUUUGCUUCAUAAUUCCUAUUUUCCCCUUCCAAUCCCAGUAGCAUAAUUCUUCCAGCAACAGCUGAGAUUCACAGAGGCCGAGAGGCGGCCAAACGGGGUUAAUUAGCCUUGUUCGGUCCCUCUCUUUCUUCUGUUUUUCCCUCUGCCUUUUCGCUUCUUAACCUUUCUGGGUUUCGCUUUUAAUGCCCGCCCCCUUCGACCCUGUUGCCUCUUUCUGAUGCCCCGUAUCGGAUCUUCUUGAAUCUGUUGCGGACGGGCAUCAACUGAAUUCUGGUUUUUUCUCGUUUGUCGACAAAAUGAAAAUAAAGCUUGGAUCCAAGAAAGGAUGGAAAUCCAUUGUCCCUCUACGUAAAGGAAAAUCAUCAUCUCCCUCUUUUUGUCUAUUUUCCAAAUCUAAGUCAGUUAACUGUGGUCCAGGCAAAACACCAGUUUAUCUAAACGUGUAUGAUUUAACCCCUAUGAAUGGCUAUGUCUAUUGGGCAGGGCUUGGUAUCUUUCACUCUGGUGUAGAAGUCCAUGGUGUAGAAUAUGCAUUUGGAGCUCAUGACUACCCGACCAGUGGCGUUUUUGAGGUCGAACCUCGACAAUGCCCAGGCUUCAAGUUUAGGAGGUCAAUAUUGAUUGGCUCAACCUGCCUUGAUCCUCGUCAAGUCAGGGAGUUCAUGGAGCACCGCUCUUCGAGCUACUACGGCGAUACGUAUCACCUGAUUGUGAAGAACUGCAAUCAUUUCUGCAAGGAUGUCUGCCAUCAGCUGACUGGGAAAUCAAUUCCAAAAUGGGUGAACCGGCUGGCUAAAAUAGGCUCCGUCUGCAAUUGCAUACUUCCCGAUUCCCUAAGAAUAUCUGCCGUAAAACACGACCCCGCAUUCGUGCCGUUAGAGACCGAGAAGACGAAGCUAACGAAUAGCUUCAGUUGCUUGUCGUCUAUCUCAAUGCGGCAGAAGCAGCUGUCUUCAUCUUCAUUGUUUCUACAGUCGCCAUUGAAAGGGUGGGAUUUGAAAAAGUCCGACAGUGAAACCCCAUGCCUCAAAGGAUAGGUGAGAAAAUUUGUUUGUUCUAAAUAUCUUUUCUGGGAAGAAGGAAAUUUAUCUUUUCUAUUCCACAUAAUUUGUUGGGAGAUGCUUGCCGAGUAGAUGUUGGCAAAAUCUCUGUUAGAUGACAAACCACUAGCCUUGCAGUGUAAAUGUACCUCUGUUUCUGGAUCGUUUCAAUGAAUUGAAUGGUCCUUACCAUGCUGCCUCUCUCAUUUAAAAGCGGAAAA